AAUUACUUCCGUUUUCUGCUACGCGUCAUCAUAUAUAGUUUGUGAAAUGAUGAAAGAUUAUUGAAAAUGUGGUCGUUGUUCACAAGAGAUCCUUUGAAAGAGUUUGCCUAUGAAGUUGAACAGGAGCUUCCUGGUAUAGAAAAUCGAAGCGAUUGGCAGUUUUGCCUGGGAAAACAUAAGACGACAGGAAGUCCAGUGACAAUACUAAAAUUUCCAAUAGCCGAACGAAAUGAGGCGCAAAAGAAGCGGGCCAAAAACUAUUUUAAAACUCUUAAAACCAUGAAACACCCUAAUAUUCUAACGUAUAUUGAUGGUAUAGAGACUGAAAAAGAGAUGCUUUUAGUAACUGAAUAUUCCACACCUUUAAAAGUGUACCUUCAAGACGAAAUUGAACGUGGACCUAGAAGAGAAAUGGCAAUAUCCUGGGGAUUACACCAGAUAUCUAAAGGACUCUCAUUUCUCAACAAAGAUUGUAAUCUUGUACACAAUAACAUAUGUAUCUCAUCAGUAUUUGUUACUGAAAAUGGGGAAUGGAAACUAGCUGGAUUCGAAUAUAUUUACUCAGCAAAAGAAAACGUUGACUAUGGUCCAAGGUUGUCAAGCUUAGCUGCGUACGAGCCUCCAGAAGGAUUUUCAGGAGUAAGACCUCCGAAAGCCAAACUGGCUAUUGAUAGCUGGGGUUUGGGAUGCCUAAUUUGGGAAUGUUAUAAUACACCCAUAACCAGAUCUAACCAGUUGAAAGAUACUCAUGAGAUUCCUAAGUCAUUGUUACCAGUUUAUAUAGAGCUGCUAAGCACAAACGUAAAAAUCAGGCCCACAUCAUUAAAAUUUAUUGAAUUGUGUAGAAAAAAUAGAUGUUACAUGGAUAAUAAGUUUGUGGAUUGCAUGCUCUUUUUGGAAGAAAUUCAAAUUAAAGAAGAGUUGGAAAAGAAUAAUUUCUUUUCAAGCCUCUCAUCAGUUAUAGAUUCUUUUCCAAAAAGAGCCUGUACGAAAAGAAUCUUACCUCAACUGCUGAACGCUUUUGAUUUUAGUAAUAUAGGCUCUGCUAUAUUACCUCCUCUAUUCAAAAUAGGAGGAUUAUUAGAGACAGAGGAUUAUCAGAAAUAUAUUGUUCCAUGUAUUGUCAAGCUGUUUUCAUCCACAGAUAGAGCAACUCGAGUGAAACUAUUACAGGAAAUGGAGACAUUUUGCCAACACUUAUCAGCUGAUAUAGUUAACUCAAAAAUCUUUCCUAAUGUUGUUAAUGGUUUUGUAGAUACAAAUCCAGUUGUUAGGGAAAAUACUAUCAAAGCAAUGAUUCAUUUAUCUCCUAAACUUAACUAUAAAAACCUUAAUGAAGAGCUCAUGAAACAUUUUGCUCGCUUGCAAAGUAAGGAUGACCAGGGUGGUAUUCGUACUAAUACAACAGUCUGUCUUGGAAAAAUUGCUUGUCAUCUUGAUCCGAGAAAUCGACAAAAGAUUCUAAUUUCUGCUUAUACAAGAGCAUUAAAAGAUCCAUUUCCUCCAGCAAGGCAAGCUGGAGUUUUGGCCAUAGCUGCAAGUCAUCAUUUAUUUACUCUAGCUGAAAGUGCUCAUCGUUUACUUCCCUGUCUAUCGCCUUUAACUUUAGACCUUGAUAAAAAUGUAAGAGACCAAGCUUUCCGCGCCAUGAAAUGUUUUCUAGGCAAAUUGGAAAAAGUAUCCGAGGAUCCAGAUUCUAUAACAGAAAUGGAAAAAGACGUCAAUGUUGGAGGUGUUACUAGAGGUUCUUCUGCUGCUGCUUCUUGGGCCGGUUGGGCUGUCAGUGGAAUGUCCACAUUAACACAUAAACUUUAUAAAAACAAUAAAGAUCGAACUCCUCCGAAGAAGACGACGGUUAAUAAACCCAAGUCACCAGAGGCCUCUAGACAACCUGACAACACUUCUGAAACCAGAACUGAAACUACGACACCAGAGAAUGUAAGCGAUGAUGAAAGCGAGUGUGGAUGGGAUAAGGUAGAAAAUUGGGGAAAUAUGAAUGACAGUACAGAGGACACUGAAAAUACUAACUCAAAGGACGGAUGGGACGAUGAAGAAUGGGGAGAUAUGGAUGAAACUGCUAAUGAUGGUAACGAUUCUUUCGUAGAAACAGAGGGAAAUCAUAAUACAGUUUCUUCAUAUAACUGGGGACAAGACGUUAAUAAUGAUGAUUUCUUCAACUCCCUUGUCUCCAAAGAUAAACCAAAAAAGACCUUAUCAAAGUCAACUCCAGCAACUAAUACAGAGAAAACUUCAUGGGAAAGCAACUCUUGGGAUACCGAGAAUUGGGACCCAAUUGAAGAACCUCCUGCAGAUGACCAUAAAAAGAAAAUGAUAGAAAAACAAGCCGAGAGGAAGAGGCAGAUUGAACAAAAAAGAGCAGCUAGGCAGGCAUCCGGUGCAAUGAAAUUGGGCAGCAAAAAAUUGACAUAG